UCGACUGAAUGGCGAAAACCGUCUCCAAGACUCCAAAUCUCCCACAGUAAAAGCGCGAGAAAUCAGUCUGUUGGAAACCUCGUUCAGGUGAGCAACGGCGGACGGAAUUGGCGUUGAAAAGGUGCACCCGGGACCUCGUAUUCGUGUCACAGUUCGAUAGCCCGUGACAUUGUUUCUGCAGCCCACGAAAGCCGUGUCGAAUGUUUAGUAAAUGGACGUCGUCUGUUUUUCAGCAUUUAUAAUUUGUGGAGAACAAUAACUAAUUGGAAAUUAGAAAACAGGUGUUGUUUGUGCGUAAAUAUUCGCCACAGGUGACGGUAGUUUGUGUAAAGUUCUACUUCCACUAGUCUGGAUUGAGAAUUGAAGGCUCCCUAGUGCGCGGACAAGGUACUCUUUCAGCAAGCCCCCGAAGGGAGAGAGAGCCUUACCCUUGAAGGAUACUUCUCUAGAUUCUGCAAGGAUUUAACUUACAUUCUAAACCGAAGUGCAUAUAUCCCACUAGCAUAUUUCAUUGCGGAUUACACUACUUUCUGCCCUCCAUAUACACCUACCUUGGAAGUGUCUGAAUCGAAGAUUGUGCUUAAGUGCUUCGUGUCGUGAUAUCUUGUACAGGUAUCUUCUUCGCAGUUGAUUUUCGCGCGCAUGUGUUUGUGCUGAUGCCAUUAUAUUUCCAUUGGAUUUUACGUACCCACAACUACUGUUUCUGCUGCUACGGUCACUACACUACGACCAUUUAUCUUGCGGACAUCGAACGAAAGCUGAGUUUUUAGCAUUUCACGUAUACACACAGGACAGGUUAACAAGAAAACAACGCCAACAACCUUCAAUUGAAUUUCACUCAGAUGUUACAGAUGUAAAACAACAACAGCAGCGAUAACUUUUCCAAAUGGCAUUAAGGCUACGUCGAGAUGUACAAAAAGCCUCGUAUUACGUAUGGUUUCUUGGAGCGGAGGAGGCACGCGGUUUACGAGGGUCGCGUGUUAUUAAUCCCGUUCUACCAUAUUUAAUCGAACGAUCGCGUGAACAGGAACCUCUAAAAGUUACAUUACAAGUAUCACAUAAAGGGAUUAAAAUUCUACAAGGAUCAUCUAAACAUUUUAUUCCACAUAGUGCCAUAACUAGUUCCGUUCAAAAAGAUGAUAUUGUUGCGUGUGUUCUAUUAUUGUAUAAUCCAACAACAAAAUGUCCAUUACAUGUUCACGCCUAUCGAUGCGAUUCAGAAACAACGGCCGAGGCCCUACAUCAACAGCUUCAAGUGCUUAUUAAUAGGCCGGAAAAUCAGAAACGCUUUGCUGAAUUGGAAACAAGACUUGGUAUAUCACCAGUCACAGGUCUUCAAAUCGAGCCCCAAGAAAAGCGUACACCACGUCGUUUUGAGUCAUCUCCUAAACGUUUUGAAUCUUCCCUAGGAAGCGACACAGGAACAAGCACACGAGAAUCAGAAUGCAGUGAGGAAUCUCCAUUGCAAUCCCAGAUGUCCCCGAUUCCCAAACACAAAAAGAACUUAUUUGAUUCGUUGGCUGCUGAACUACGAGCAAAACUAAAUGGAAACGGGCCACCCUUACUUUUACCUCCACGCGAUUAUGAUACUGUACAUAGAUCAAAAGGGAACCUGGCAGCAAUAGAACUACGACGGUGUCAGAACAGCCUAAUUGUUGGGGCACCCAAAAUACCGACCGGAGUCACUGGUAAGCAACCGCUGGUUUCAUCACGGGGCUCGUCCGGUAUUGGAUCCGAUUUGGCACCUAGUCCAGAACGACAAGAUGAACGAACAUCAAGUGACGAUGAAAAUUGGUCAAACGAAGCAGACAACGCCAUACCACAAAUCCAAACGAGCCAAACUCGUAUCGACAGCAAGACACGUUUCCGCACAGAUCAAGAUAUUAGACAACGAGAGAAAUACAUGCAGAAAUCUUCACCAUCGCAAAAGAGUAAACACCGAUCCGCAAGUCGUGACAAUGAUCCUACCCGAGAUUCAUGGAAAGAAGAUGAAAUUCGACCAAUAAUUAUGAGACCAUCAGACUUUGAUGCUCGCUUCAAGAAAGUCAUGCUUGAAAGGAACUUUGCUGGCGAAGAAGAACCUCCAAUACGCCACAGACGAAACAAGGAGGAGGCACCCCCAGCUAUACAAGAGCGUAAAUAUCGCAAGCAUUCAGAUGAUAAGCCACCCCCAAUAAAUCCCAAAUACAGUCCAGAACGUGCAAAAUACAAUAAAAUGGAGAAAGGAUUCCAUAACAAAAUGUCUCAAGACAGACAACGAUAUGAUCCUCAAUAUGAUGAGGACUAUGAUUCCGACCCAGACACAUUCAGACGAAGAGAGAAUCUUACAGAUAAAGAAAAAUAUCACGAAGCGUUCAUAAAACAUGAACAUCGAGAUCAUCAACCGUUGAAACGAUACUCGAGCAGCCCCAACUAUAGGGAUGAUGACGACAAUGAAGAACGCAAUAUUCCUCCAACACACAAAGGUGUCAACCGUCGAUACUUUGAUUCACCCAGUCAUGAACGAAACCAUUCCGCUGAUCGAAACCGAUACAAUGAACAAGAAUACUUCCCAAAAUAUAAUAACAAUAGUCCACGCAAUCCCUACAUAGAACCUGAAAGUUUGCCAUAUCGUGAGAGUGUUGAAAAAAUGAUCAAGUCACGUGUUAUGCGGUACAAUUCACUCGACGACGAACCCUAUCGAGGUGAAUACCCCGAAAAGGAGAUUAUCCCCAGACCUAGGAAGCAAAUAGUUUAUCCUAAGGGCGAAAAAUACUCAGUUCCUCUAACAGGAGGACCAAUAGAUCAAUACGAAAGCGAGAAACAAUUCAUCAGCCGACGAAAAGCCAACAGUUCAUCCCCUGACUCAUCGUUGAAGGUCUCACCAAAAGACCGAUUCCACGAUGCCAAGGAAAAAUUCCGAGCAAUGGAAAAACAAAAGAUCCCAGUCAAGAAGGACAUUUCACCAGACAGCUACCAUGACGGACCACCACCAGGUCAUGGACGUGGUCACAUAGAUCCGAGAGACUACGAUGGCGAUCGCUACGAUAAUUGGAGCGAUGAGGAACAAUGCGUGGUGAAGGAGCGACGAAGGCCGCCUCGCGAUUAUCGCUACAGUGACAAAUCAUCACGAGGAUCAGGCCAAGAUGGCUACCAUCCGCCACUGACCAAGUCCAAUUCAAAAAGUCUAUCGAAUCUGACAAAAGGAUACCGGCACAGCUACGCCGAACCACGUCCCGCUCUUCCGCGAGCUGGUGGACGAGUUGGUUUGGCCGCCGUAAAUCCAUACUAAUUACAAACUUUACAAUUUCUUUACAGACAAUUAUAUCUACUUCUAAGCUACUGUAAUACUGUUAAAUCCUAGGUAAAUCCAAUUAUAUCAGCAAAAAGAAAUCUUUAAGGAUAUCGAAAGCGCUUUAUUGCAAUACUUAAGUGUAGUAUUGAAAUUCAAAGCGCACCCGAAAGAUAGCAAUUGGGCAGAUACUAUGAAUAGACAAAAAACGACAUUACGUGCCUUCUCGUCUAGAUGUGUAUAAUAGGGGUAGGAGGAGUGUAGGUUCAGUGUUUCACUGGAUGGAAUUGAAUUCACGCAGGAUUUAAUUUAUUGAGAGUGCCUUGCGUUGUAAUAUUUUCUGUAAUCAUUUUUUAAAUAUAAUACAAAUAAAUGUGUUGGUGAAAUAAAACAAA